GCCAUGGAGCCAUCGCCGCUGACCCAGGACUCGCGGCCCCAGACAUUCCAGCCCAAGAUCAUCCACCUCUAUGAAACCCUGUUCAAGGCCGAAGACGACGAUGUCGAGCCCUCGGAGGGCUUCUGGCAUGAAUUCUUCCUACACAAGCCAGAACCCGCCGGCCUGAAGCGUGUGCUGGCCUCGGUAGCCCCCGACGAGAUGCUGCACGAGCAGGCCCAUUCACAGCAACUCUUCCGCCAGGCCAUUGUGCGCAUCAAGCAAGCCAAGGCACCGGCCGACGACAUCGCCCUCGAGACCUUGACAGUCUUCCUCGACGCCGCCCUGGCCAAAAAAUACACCAACCCAAGCUCCGAUAUCAUCUCGGUCCUCACGGGCCUCAACGAUGCCGACGCGGUCAUGACCGACUUUGUGGCCACGCUGGACACUGCUAUACGCAGCGGAAGAGACAUUGCGGUGCGCCAAAGGGCCAUUCGAGCCGCUCUCUCCAUGACUGCUGCUGGAUUCCAGACGGCGCUCCCGUCGUACUUUACCCACCGCGAUCUCUUUCCCUCGCUCAUGAAGUAUACCCAAGAUUGCGAAAACAGCACCGACGUCCUACCCGCCCUCUACCUCCUCGGCCUACUUUCCAACUACAACAAAUUCGAGUUUCAGAAUCCGUACAGACUGCGACUGGACGACUUCGUCAACGACGUAAUAAUACAAGAUAUGAUAGCAUGCCUUGGGACCACUUGCACCACACUACGAGACGCAUACGUAGCAGUCCAGGACGACAGGCCCGAAGGCUGGACGCUGGGUACGACGUUGAGCUACAUAGGUUUGGGUGCUCUUGCUCCAAACUCUCGGCCUACAACACCUGUGCCCCCAGCCCAGGAGGAAGCCAAGUCGCUCUUUGCUGCACUGCCAGGACCACAAGCCGGUGUGCUACUUUCGAUUUUCGACUUUGCAAAUGCCAACAAGGUUUUUUGCUACAAUCUCGUCACCUUUGGACUGGGCAACAAGAAUCGGCCAUCGCCCUUUAGCGAGUUCCUCUCCUUGACCUCGUACAUGUUCCAACAUGCACACCGGUCUACAAGAGCCGCUUUGUACACAUACACAAGUCUUUUCGUCCUGCAAGUCUUGGUUGAAGAUCAGUCGCUUUCUAAGCGCUUAUGCAGUGACGAGUCUAAACUUUCGGUGCGGCUGUGUCGCCAGAGACAGCCUUACCUCCCGAUCGUGAGAGGUGAACGAGUCCCUGUGGCCAUCAUCCUGGAUAUGAUGUCAGACGGCAUCAGCCAUAAUCUGCGCAGACGGCUAGAUGUAGAUUUCUACAUCCUAAGUCUUGGUGUUUUGCUACGACUACUCUCGUACCUCAGUCGCACAAAAACUCGCAUCACAUACCACUGGUCGGAACUCUGGAGGACUCUACUUUCCUUUGUCCGCUUCCUGACAACCUACGAGAGCGACAUCAAAUCAAACUACAAGUCGAAUGGGAUGAUCAAUCUUUUGGUCAAUCUAUUGGCUUUUGCGCUCUCUAGCGGCGAGAAUUUCCUUCCCGACCCUGCCUCAUACGAUGAUCUGUUCUACAAGCUCGUCGAGAGCGGUGACAUUCUCAUCAAAUUCAGAGAUGCUUUUGGCCUGUCUGGUCAGUCUGACUCGAUGCAGACACUGAUCAACGUCUCGUCUCACUAUCAUUCCCUGCUCGAGGAGAAGGGCAAAUCGCGUGGCAAGCAUCUAAGUCCACAGGAGGUUCACGCUGUGAUCAAACAGGGAUACGAAACUUUGUCAAUCGACGCGAGCGAAGGCUUAGAUCGAUGGGACAAGUUCCGCGACGCGGAUUUCAAGUCGCUCCUCAAGAAAAUCGCUAGAGCUACCGUAGAAGAUGCCAAAGCGCUGAACAGUGACAGCUGAGGCCAAUAAUGAAUGACAGUCGUUCC